CCUUUUACUAUAAUAAUAAAUUUAAAGACAUCCAUGUUUUUGCAAGGAUUAUUUUUUUAAUCUUGUGUUGAGGAAAAAUUGUUUAUUCGUAAAUUAAUAUUGUUCUCUCUGGUUUGCUGAGAGGGGUGCCCGGAGACUGGUGAAGCUCGCCGUGGCCAUUCCCUUCCUCCGCCGUUGAACUAUACUCUCAUCGUUUCUGGGUACCUUCUGAUACGAUUUCAGGUACCUGGGGAGAAUUGGAUAUUGAAUUAUUGAUGUUUGGGUUUUAGCAUUAGUACAAGUUCAUACUGUAAUGAAUGGAUGCUAGGGGCAAAGUUCCGACAUCAUCGUUUGAGAGGCACCUCGUGCAAGCUUCUGGGAUGAUGCGGCAUGGUCAAUUACCUGGUUUAAGUUCUUCUUCUGCUGUUGCUGCUGCUGCUGCUGCUGCUUCCCAUCGCUCUCUGGAGUCUCUGCCUCAGUCGCAUCUGUUGGAGGAUAAAGUUGCGGAUCAGGAAGAAGAAAUAGAGCGACUUGCUGGGGAUAACCGUAGACUGGCAAAGACACAUGUGGCUUUAAGAGAUGAUCUUGUUUCCGCUGCACAGGAUGUGCAGAAGCUCAAGUCACACAUUAGAAGCAUCCAGACCGAAAGUGACAUUCAGAUUAGAGUUUUGCUGGAUAAGAUUACUAAAAUGGAGGUGGAUAUUAGAGCGGGUGAUAGUGUCAGAAAGGACCUCCAACAGGCCCUUAUUGAGGCACAGAGCUUGGCAGCUUCCAGGCAGGAAUUGAGUGCCGAAAUUCAACGAGCCGCUCUGGAAGUGAAGAAGGCCAUUAGUGAUGUUAAGAGUUUGCCGGAUUUGCAGGCUGAACUGGAUGAUUUAGUGCAAGAACGUCAGAGGUUACGUUCCACAUUCGAAUAUGAAAAGAGCAAAAACAUAGAGCUGGUGGAUCAAAUGAAAAUAAAAGAGAAGAAUCUAAUUGCAAUGGCAAGAGAAGUCGAAGUUUUACAAGCUGAGAUUUUGAAUGCUGAGAAAAGAGCAAAUGCACCAAAUCUGUUUAGAGCUACUACACCUGUAGACGGCAGUGGUUCCUUCUCUGAUCCUUAUGGGAGAGCUCAUGGUCAGAUGGCUACUGCCCAAGUAGGAGAGACUAUGGCACCAGUUGUUGAUAGCAAUGGAGUAGCAGCUAUCACUAGUGGCAGCGGUGGCGGUGGUGAUGGUGGUGGUUGGGCAUGAUCCUUCAGUUGCUGGGAGGUGAAGUUCAAGGAGUGAACUCUAUCAAAUCCUGCUUGACUUUAGCUUUUGUUGGUACCAUACUUGGAAAAUUGUCGUUUUUUCUAUGUACAUCUAACAGAUGUGUAGCUUUAUCUGUAGCAACAUUCUGUUUAAUUUAUUAUACUUUUGUUAAUUUUGAAUCAAGUCUGCAAAUUUAAAAGGUCAAAGAUCUUUCUCUCUCAACUUAUGGUAUGGGGAGUUGCAACUAUUGUCAAGCUUAUCCUAUGCAAUGAUGCAGUGAAGCAUGUUACUUUUUUUUUCAAGUUUUUAUA